AUGAGCAGAGAGGCCGUUUCAGCUCUGAGGACCCCUCAUGCGUCGGAGACCAGCCGGAGGCAGAGGGAGACGCCGUUGAACUGCGUAAACAACAUGGCUCUGCUUCAGCAUCCCCGGCGGCUGCUCGCCUGCGCUCUGCUGCUGUGCGCGGUGCAUCGUAUCGACGCUCGGACCUCACCGAUAUCCGACCUCAAAUCCAAAAUAUCAGGGGUGGAAGAGCUAUUGGAGGAAUACCGCAAACAGCUCCAGCAGGACCAGGCGUACAGGGCUAGCGAUGUGACUGACACCUGUGUGGGCGACUACAGCGCCGCCGGGGGAAACAUCAUCCGGGCCAAGGUCUCCAUCGAGCAGGGAGCCACCUUCCUGCUAGCCCCGGACAGGGUGUACACCUGGAAGGACUGUCUGCACGCCUGCUGCUCCCAGGCUUACUGCACCGUUGCGGUGGUGCAGGAGGACCUGAGACAGUCCGGAGACAGUCUCAACUGCUACCUGUUCAACUGCACCUACAGGAAUAAAAAUGUUUGCUCCUUCGCUCCGCAGCAGGGCUUCACCACUUACAGCAGGACUCAUAACACAACGCAGGGACACCUCCCUGUUUCCCGGAGGCCCGGGGUAGGGCUCCCUGAUGCGGAUGAUGCACAAGAGGUGGAUGAGCCCCCCCGCAGUGACGCUGGACAGGAUGUGGUGAUCCAGCUGCCCACUGACUGGGCCGUACUGGACGGCAGGGACAGCGUGGACGACCAUGGGAUCAACAACUAUGAAUGGACUCUGGUCAAGGGGGACACAGCCAUCAAUAUGAAGGUGACUCAUCCAGGCCUGCUGAAGAUCAGCAGCCUCCAGGAGGGUGUUUACACCUUCCAAAUGACUGUUACCGACAUAGCGGGUCAGAAGAGCUCCGACAACGUCUCAGUUACAGUGCUGGCACCAAAACACCAAGCAGAAGUGUGUACAGGUCACUGCUCAAACUACCAGUUCAUGUGUGACGACGGCUGCUGCAUUGACAUCACCUACGCCUGCGACGGGAAGCAGCACUGUUCAGACCGCUCCGAUGAAGACUUCUGUAAUAACUUUGAUAACAACCGGAAGUCAGUGACCCACUCUGUUGAUCUACCCGGCCCUCACCUGCCUGCAGCAGCACACACAGAGGAGGCUGGGGAUGGCUCCAUGCUCCAGACUGGGCCCAGGAAGACCAUAGAGAGCGUUGUACCACCUCAGGACAGAGCCAGAACUACUCCUGUACAAGGUCCCAGUCAACAGGAGGCUUCAGUCACUCAAGAUCCGUGUGCUGCGGCUCCAGUCGUAGGACCUUGUAAGGGCACCUUCCCACGUUGGUACUAUGACCAGGAUGCGGGAGAAUGCAAACACUUUCUGUAUAGUGGUUGCCAGGGCAACCAUAACAACUUCCUCCAGGAAUCGGACUGUGUUAGUGAAUGUAUACAAAAAAGUCCCGCUUUUAAACCAGCAACUGUGGCUCCUCCUGUCACCAAGCAGACUGAGAUAGCUGCUCCUAAAGUCUCCCAGAGCCAAGCAGAGAGUGACAUCACCAUCUCCAAACCAUUGUCAGUGAUGGAAGGACAUCCAGUCCCCGAGUCAGGUGCGAUCCUUCCACUGGCGUUAGGCAUAAUCAUCACCGCUCUGCUGCUGCUCAUGAUUGGCUGUCGGCUCAGACUCGUUCGCCACAAGCUGAAGAAAGCCCGACCCCUCACUACCGAGGAGUCAGAUUACCUCAUCAAUGGCAUGUACCUGUAGCCACUCGGAUGGGAGCAGCAAAUAAAAGAGCGCAGAGUUCUCAGAA